AUGCCUGGUACUCUGACUGUAGUGCUGAUCACAGACCUUAGGGCAGAGUGUUCUGUGGAAGUGAAAUAUAACAGAUCUAAGAAAUCAAGCCCUGAUUGUAAAGAAUCUUCUGGUCGUCCAGGUGAAUUUCAAAACACUGUAUAUCUGUAUUAUCCAAGAAAGUCCUCAAACUCCUCAACUAAAAAUAUGAAGAAGCAAGGUUCAGAUGGCAGUCCUGCUCCAGUUUUGCCAGCGCUACCAGAAGCCCUCAAAAAUCUGAAAAUUAAAUACACCAAGAUAUUUAUAAACAAUGAGUGGCAUGAUUCAGUUAGUGGUAAAAAAUUUGAAGUCUUUAACCCUGCUAAUGAAGAGAAAAUCUGUGAGGUUGAAGAAGGAGACAAGGCAGAUGUAGACAAGGCUGUUAAAGCAGCUAGAAAAGCUUUUGAGCUUGGGUCACCCUGGCGUACAAUGGAUGCUUCAGAGCGAGGAAGGCUCUUGAAUAAACUAGCUGACUUAGUUGAAAGAGAUCGGCUGAUUUUAGCUACAAUGGAAGCCAUUGAUGGUGGGAAACUCUUUUCCACUGCCUACCUAAUGGAUUUAGGGGCCUGUAUCAAAACAUUACGCUACUGUGCAGGCUGGGCUGAUAAAAUCCAUGGCCGUACUGUUCCAAUGGAUGGAAACUUUUUUACGUUUACAAGACACGAGCCUAUUGGGGUGUGUGGCCAAAUUAUUCCUUGGAACUUCCCACUGGUUAUGUUCAUCUGGAAGAUCGCUCCUGCCCUUUGCUGUGGAAAUACGGUGGUUGUCAAACCAGCAGAACAAACUCCACUGACUGCCCUUUACAUGGGAUCCUUAAUUAAAGAGGCAGGUUUUCCACCUGGAGUUGUGAACAUUGUGCCAGGCUUUGGACCCACUGCUGGAGCAGCAAUUUCUCACCACAUGGAUGUGGAUAAAGUAGCUUUCACAGGCUCUACAGAGGUUGGCAAACUGAUUAAAGAAGCAGCAGGGAAGAGCAAUCUGAAGAGAGUUACAUUGGAACUUGGAGGAAAAAGUCCUAACAUUAUAUUUGCAGAUGCAGACUUGGAUGCCGCUGUGGAAUUUGCACAUAUUGGCCUGUUCUACCACCAGGGACAGUGUUGUAUAGCAGGAUCUAGGAUUUUUGUGGAAGAGCCUAUUUAUGAUGAGUUUGUUCGCCGGAGCAUUGAACGAGCAAAGAAGUAUACUCUUGGGAAUCCUCUGUUGCCUGAGGUACAGCAAGGCCCUCAGAUUGAUAAGGAGCAGUUUCAAAAAAUCCUGGAGCUAAUUGAGAGUGGGAAAAAAGAAGGAGCCAAACUGGAAUGUGGAGGAGGUCCAUGGGGAGACAAAGGUUACUUCAUCCAGCCCACAGUUUUUUCUAAUGUUACAGAUGAUAUGCGCAUUGCAAAAGAAGAGAUAUUUGGACCUGUUCAACAAAUCAUGAAGUUUAAAACUGUAGAUGAAGUUAUCAAGAGGGCAAAUAAUACUACCUAUGGCUUAGCAGCAGCAGUUUUUACCAAAGAUAUUGAUAAAGCACUGACGUUUGCAGCUGCUCUUCAGGCUGGAACAGUGUGGGUUAAUUGUUAUAGUGCAAUGUCUGCUCAGUGUCCUUUUGGAGGUUUUAAGAUGUCAGGAAAUGGACGAGAAAUGGGAGAAUAUGGCCUUCAUGAAUACACAGAAGUUAAGACUGUCACAAUCAAAAUCCCACAGAAGAACUCAUAA